AUGGAAAAAACUCUACCUCCCCAUGUAAUUAUCAUGCCGAGUCCAGGUAUGGGUCAUCUCAUACCAAUCAUUGAGUUUGCUAAACGAUUCAUUCUUGAUCAUGGUUUCUCAGCCACGAUAAUUAUUCCAACAGAAACUAAUUCUCCAUUUCAAGCACUAAAAUUAGCUCUUGGUUCUCUACCAAGUGCUAUCAAUACAAUCAUUUUGCCUCCUGUUGAUUUGAGUGACCUUUCUCAUGAUGUUCUUGCUCAGAUGUUUGCAACUGUGAAUCGCUCUCUCCCUUCUUUUUCUGACUCAAUUAGAACCAUUGCUUCAACUCACAGAGUCGUCUCUCUUGUUGUUGACAGUUUUUGUACGAAUGCUAUUCAUAUUGCUAAUGAAUUUCAUAUCAAGGCUUAUAUUUUCUUUGCAUCAUCAGCUCUGUUUUUGUCUUUGGUUUACCAUUCAUCCAAACUGGACCAGGAUUACUCUUGUGAGUUUAGAGACGUACCUGACCCGAUUCAGAUUCCAGGUUGUGUACCAAUCCGCGGGGUCGAUCUUUUCAUCGCAUUUCAAGAUAGGAAGACAGAGAAUUAUACGAAGUUUUUAGAAUGGUCGAAAGAGUUGAAUUUUAGUAGGGGCAUCUUUGUAAAUAGCUUUGAGGAAUUUGAACAUGGUGCUAUUGAGGCUUUGAAUGGGAAACAAUGGGAUAAUCCACCGGUUUAUGCAAUUGGACCGCUCAUUAGAACUGGUGUACGCUGUGACGGAUCUAAUGAGUCAGAUUGUUUGAAGUGGUUGGAUAAUCAACCACCCGAUUCUGUUCUGUUCGUGUCAUUCGGUAGUGGUGGAACUCUCUCUAGUGAGCAACUAACUGAAUUGGCUCUAGGGUUGGAAAUGAGUGACCAAAAGUUUCUGUGGUUUUUAAGACGUCCUGAAAAGGAUGCAGGUGCAUCUUACUUGAGAAUUCAAGGUGUUGAGGAUCCUUCUGAAGUCUUACCAAAAGGGUUCUUGGAAAGAACCCGAAAAUCGGGGUUGGUUAUUUCUAAAUGGGCACCGCAAAUUGAAAUCCUUAAUCAUCCAUCAACCGGUGGGUUUUUAACCCACUGUGGGUGGAACUCUAUCCUUGAAAGCAUCGUGCAUGGUGUCCCCUUAAUUGCAUGGCCACUCUUUGCAGAGCAGAUGAUGACUGCCGUGUUUCUUACAGAUGAUGUGAAGGUAGCUUUAAGGCCGAAACCAAUGAAAGGUAGGAUAAUAGGACGUGAUGAGAUUUGUAAAGUUGUGAAGGAACUUAUGGAAGGAGAUGAAGGGAAGAGACUUCGGAGUAAGGUGAGGGAACUUAAAUGUGUUGCGACUAGCACAUUGGCCGAAGGUGGCUCCUCGUUUAAAACAUUCGCUGAGGCAGUAAAUCCGUGGAGAAGUUAUUACAGGCAGUGACUA